CAUAUCGUGAACCUCAUUAUUAUUAUCAGUUCACAGCUCGGUACCAUGCAGCUCCCUGCACUAGUAUCUAUAAUAUUUCCUUUGAGAAGAAACUUCUUCAGAUUUUAAGCAAAUUGGUUCUUGAACUUUCAUGUGAAAUUUCCUUACUUAAAUCUGAAUGCCAUCGUGUUAAAAUGCAAAGAGCUGGUUUGCAAAAUGAAUUGUUCUUUACAUUUUCAGUUUCAUCUCUAGACACUGAAAAAGGACCCAAGCCAUGUACAGAUCAUAAUUGUGAAUCUUCUAAAAGACUAUCUAAGGCUAAAAAUCUCAUAGAGAGAUUUUUCAGUCAACAAGUAGAAGUUCUAGGCAGACGUUCAGAUCCAUUGCCUGAAAUAUACUACAUUGAAGGUACUCUCCAAAUGGUUUGGAUCAAUCGCUGCUUUCCAGGGUAUGGAAUGAAUACCCUGAAGCAUCCAAAAUGUCCUGAAUGCUGUGUGAUCUGCAGCCCUGGAUCUUAUAAUCCCCGUGAUGGAAUUCACUGCCUUCAGUGCAACAGCAGUCUGGUGUAUGGAGCAAAAGCAUGCGUAUAGGACAUUAUCUUGAAUUAUUUGGUGGUUUAUUAAACAUAAAAGUAUAUUUUUGAAAUAUUAAUAUAUAAUAAAUCACUAUUAUGCUAAAAUUAAAUAAUCAGAUUUUACAACAAAAGGUCUCAUUGUUUUAAUCAUAGUAUGUCCACAUACUUUUAAGUGUGAACAUCAUGUUAUCUUUAUCCAUGAAUGCUAAACCUACAUAUGACUUCCGAAUAUCUCUUGUAUCACUGUUUAAAAAAUAGUUUUAAAUAUACUGUAUUAGAUUAGCCCAGAAGAUUUUGCAGGGUUUUAAAAAUAUGUAUCCCAUUUUCUUUACUAUAUAUUCACUGGACUCAGGUCACCACGUUUUUUUAUAACUUUGAUUUUAGCUUAUUUCAAUCCUUUGAUUUAAUUUUAUGGAAAUUUAACUAUUCUAGUUCACCCUUUCACAGUUCAAAGCCAGUUUUAAAGCCUACAUCUUAUUACUGCAGUUGUUAGUCUUUUUAGUGUAAGGCCUAACCCAAACCACAUUGUGGGUUUUUAAAACAGUUCAAUGUGGCUAUCUUUUUAUUUUUUAAUUUUUAUUGUUGGUUGUUCAAAACAUUACAUAGUUCUUGAUAUAUCAUAUUUCACACUUUGAUUCAAGUGGGUUAUGAACUCCCAUUUUUACCCUGUAUACAGAUUGCAGAAUCACAUCAGUUACACAUCCAUUGAUUUACAUAUUGCCAUACUAGUGUCUGUUGUAUUCUGCUGCCUUUCCUAUCCUCUACUAUCCCCCCUCCCCUCCCCUCCCCUCCCCUCCCCUCUUCUCUCUCUACCCCCUCUACUGUCAUUCAUUUCUCCCCCUUGUAUUUUUUCCCCUUUCCCCUCACUUCCUCUUGUAUGUAAUUUUCUAUAACCCUGAGGGUCUCCUUCCAUUUCCAUGCAAUUUCCCUUCUCUCUCCCUUUCUCUCCUCAAUGUGGCUAUCUUAAACUUCCAUUUUAAAGUCUCUUUAAUUACCCUGACAUUUCAGAAUGAAAUGGAGAAAUCAUUAUAUUUCCCUAGAUCAACAUUUGAACUUUCUCAGUUGGGAGACUAAGAUAUUUCUUUUUUUGGAUAAUACCUCUAGAAAAAAAUCACUCAUUAGGACUUUCAUUUUAUUUACUUCACUAUUAAAAAUGAGUAUUAUGUGUUAGUUAUUACUGAUACCAUGACUAAUAUUUAUCUUCUCUCACACAAGGAUGUUAUAUUUGAAUUUGAAAACUUACCAAAGGUUUAAGUACCAGGAAAAUACAUAAAUAACUUACAAAAUGAACAGUUUCUCAAUUUCCUAAAUAUUUUUUGAUUUAUUUUUGUAUCAUCUUUGCUAUGGGACAUUCCUGUUUUGCUCUUCAUAUUUCCUUUCUUAAAAGGACACAGAUAUUUGUACUUACCAAAUUACACAAAUUGGAUGUAGGUACAAGUGGGCAACACAUUAACAGAAAAAGUAUUAAUUAUAUGCUGGGAACUAUUAUCCUUGAUAAAAUAAGUGUAUGGUCCAGUAAUUAAGUGUAUGGCCCAGCCAUCCCAUGGAAAAAUAUAACCCUGGAAUUCUCACACAAAUAAAAAUGGAAGAUAAAUUAA